UUGACGUAUUUAUUUUUUAGUAAUAUUAUUGUUUACCGUUUAAUCACUGUUAUUAUCGAUUAAUAACUGAUUAUUAAUGAUUUGUGCGUUAUAACAAAAACAUAAUAUUUUUCGUGUCCACGGACAGACGUUUGACGAACGCCUCGCGUGUAUCCAUUACAGGCGGCGUUUUUCGUUUUUUCUAAAAUUAUUUUGAUGUUUGAAUUUCGGAACACGUACAUUACCGUGAUAAGGGUUUCAGUCAAAAACGUAUGCUUUUUUUGUGCAAAUAGAAUAGGAUAAAAUUUUUGUAACUACUAACGAUGUAGUUAAACAGUUGUAGUCGUUGUGUGUCGUUUACCAAAAGUGUAUGUGACACGGAACGAAUACCUAUACCUACUCAAGUAUAUUUAGUAUAUAUACUAGUUACCAUUCACUCAACAUUAUUUGUCACAUAAAAAUGUCAUAUUUUGGGAUGAAGCUCGAUACUUUAUCGUUGAAAUAUAUCCAAAUAUUUUUUGUUGUCGUUGUUUAUUGGGUGAUAUCUAUUCUUACAGUAUUUGUAAAUAAGACUUUAUUGAGUGUUAAUCAACUAGAUGUGGAUGCUCCUAUAUUUAUUGCGUGGUUCCAGUGUUUUGUUUCAGCAAUAAUUUGUUUUGCGUUAAGUCGUUUGUCUAAGAUAUUUCCAAAAGUAGUACAGUUUCCUGAAGGAAAUCCAUUUAAUCCACUCACUGUUAGAAAUGUAUUGCCAUUAUCAAUAUUAUAUAUUUCAAUGAUAUCUACUAAUAACUAUUGUCUAAAAUUUGUUGAUGUUACAUUUUAUUAUGUGGGACGAUCGCUUACAACAGUAUUCAAUGUCAUACUUUCCUACUUAAUAUUAGGUCAAACUACUUCAAUUAGUUGUCUCCUUUGUUGUUUUGCUGUAGUGUGUGGAUUUUUUUUGGGAGUAGAUCAAGAAAAUCUUUCAGGUUCAUUUUCAUUGGUUGGAACAUUAUUUGGAGUUUUAAGUUCAUUUUCUUUGGCAUGUUACUCUAUUCAAAUCAAAAAAGUUCUACCUGUUGUUAAUAACCAAAUUUGGCUUCUUUCUUACUUCAAUAAUGUAUAUGCUACUAUAUUAUUCAUUCCACUUUUAGCGUUUGAAGCUAAAGAAUUGAGUAAUUAUAGUAAACUGACUGAAUAUAAAUUUUUAUUUCUUAUGAUAAUUGGUGGUGUCUGUGGACUUUCAAUUGGUUACGUAACAGUACUUCAAGUACAAGUAACAUCACCAUUAACUCAUAAUAUAUCUGGUACAGCAAAAUCAUGUUUCCAAACAGUAUUAGCUUCAUUUUGGUAUAAUCAAUGGAAGUCUUCUAUAUGGUGGGUUUCAAAUGUUAUUGUAUUGGGAGGAAGUGCUGCAUAUACUAUUGUAAAGAACAGAGAAAUGGAAAAAAAAUACCGGCCAAUAGUGUACAAUCGUUGCUAGUUUUAUUUAUUUAAUUUAUUUUCUUACUAUUUUAUAUGAGUUAAGCUUUGACCAGUUUUUUUAUAAAUUAUUUUUAUACUCUUAAUACCUUAUAUAAGGUAAAGUGUCAGCCACCCGCAGGCUCCAAAGCAAAUUUGAGUAGCCCACAUAAUGUUUUUUUUUUUUCAUGAAAAUAAACAAUCUAUUACAAGAA